AUGCAAUCGCAAGCACUUCAUAUGAUGAUCUUAUACUUAUUCAUUCUGUCGAUAAAUAUAUGUACAGCACAAGUAGUUCCUCGGAUGGCAAAGUAUGAUUGCGAAGAGUAUUGCGGAGACGUCCUCAUCCCAUACCCUUUCGGAAUUGGAUCUAACAAAGAUUGCUACUUAGACAACUGGUUUGAAAUCGAGUGCAGCAACCAGUCUUCUAAAACUUCCAGCUCUGCUCCUCAUUACAAGCCUUUUUUGAAGCAAGCCAAACUGGAGGUGCUGAAUAUUUCUAUUGGAGACCCGCUUCAGGCUUUUGGAGGCACGCUUCAGGUGAACAGCCCCGUUACCUUCUUCUGCAACGAAACUGGAAGUAGCCCAAUGGCCAAUUUGACAGGCAGCCCUUUCGUCUACUCUCAGGACAAAAACAGAUUCACUGCAGUUAGCUGCGGCUUCUUUGCCGGGAUGGAAUCAGCUGAGUUUGUGGUUGCCUGCAAGUCAGUUUGUGAUCAUAAAAAUUAUAUUGCUUCCUGUGAUAUUGGUAUCAACUGUUGCCAGACUACCAUUCCUCCAUAUCUCAGGAUGAUGUCCGCUUCCAUUCUAUACCAAGGUGAAACUCGAAACGCCGAUUGCGACGACUAUGCGUUUCUGGUUGACAAGGAUUGGUUUGAGAGUGAGAGAUCAUCUUCUGCUCAUGCAGUCAAGAGUAGAAGCCACGUUCCUGUGCUGCUAGAAUGGAAUAUAAUCAACUCUACUUCUUCACUAGCAUUAUUUGGAGGCUACAAUAGCUCAGCAAUCACUCACCAACAAUCGUUACUGAGAGUUUAUUGUGAAUGCCCAGAAGGAUCUGUAGGAAAUCCCUAUCUUCUUGAAACUUGUCAAGAUACUGAUGAAUGCAUGCGUGGUCCUGAUCCAUGCAACUGUCCGCACACUCCUGGUUAUUAUUAUUAUCUUUGCCAUGCCAAAAAUAAUGAUAGAUUGAUCAUUAUUAUAGCUCUCGGUUUUAUUGGACUAUUGUUUCUACUCUUUGGAGCUCGGUGGCCGCACAAAUUUAUAAAGAAGAGGAAGGAUAUCAAACGCAAGCAAAAGUUUUUUAAACAAAAUGGAGGUUUAUUGUUGGAGAAGCAAUUAUCUUCUGGUGAAGUUAAUGUUGAGAAAAUUAAGUUGUUCACUUCAAAGGAUUUAGACAACGCCACAGACAACUUCAGCAGAGAUAGAAUUCUUGGUCAAGGAGGUCAAGGUACCGUUUACAAAGGAAUGUUGUCAGAUGGAAGAAUUGUUGCUGUCAAGAAGUCAAAAAUAGUUGCUGGAGGAGAAGUCGGACAAUUUAUUAAUGAAAUUGUCAUUCUUUCACAGAUUAAUCACAGAAAUGUGGUUAAACUACUGGGGUGUUGUUUAGAGACUGAAGUCCCCCUUUUGGUUUAUGAAUUCAUACUCAAUGGAACGCUUUCUCAGUAUAUUCAUCACCCAAAUGAGGAGUUUUCUCUUACAUGGGAAAUGCGCUUACGAAUUGCCAUUGAAAUCGCAGGAGCUCUUUCCUACUUACACUCUGCUGCUUCCUUUCCCAUUUACCACCGAGACAUCAAGUCUUCUAAUAUACUCUUGGAUGGAAAGUACAGAGCAAAAGUAGCUGACUUUGGGACUUCAAGAUCAGUUUCCAUUGAUCAAACGCACCUCACUACACAAGUACAUGGAACGUUUGGAUAUCUGGACCCGGAGUACUUCCGGUCAAGCCAAUUUACAGAGAAGAGUGACGUUUAUAGCUUUGGCGUUGUCCUUGCUGAGCUCUUGACUGGACAAAAAGCAGUUUCUUUGAUGAGUUCAGAAGAAAGAAGAAGUCUAGCAACUUAUUUCCUGCUUUCCAUGGAGAAUAAUCUUCUAUUUGAUAUUCUUGAUUCUCAAGUUAUGAAGGAUGGUAGAAAGGAAAAGAUUACAGCAGUUGCCAACCUUGCCGUUAGAUGCUUGAUUUGA